AUGGAGAGUGCAGCCGGCUACAUGACGACCUGUUUACUAACAAUCCAAACAUCCGUUGACAUCGUUAUCUCGGUGUUCAUGGGACCUUUGGAACGCAUGGUGAAGAAUCGCUUAAUGCCCACUGACGGCAAUAUCAGAAGUCGUGCAGCUGAUACAGGAAAAGUAGAGCAUUACAAAAAGAAGAAAUGGCAAGUGGAAAAUUUUAAGUGGGAAGUACAGUAA